CCCCAACCCCCAAACAAGACUUUAACUGAAAGACAUGGGUUCAACAAGCAGUGCAAUGGCAGAGAAGGUUUCUUGGUACUGCGCAUUGCUCAUGGCAGUGAUGCUGGUGAUGAGCUGCUGCCAAGAACCGAAUGAAAGGGGCGAGGAGGGAAUGAUGCGGAUGGUGCACCAGUCCAACAAGCCAUGCGAUGAAAUAUACGUGGUUCGGGAAGGGGAGACUUUGCACACCAUCAGUGAAAAAUGUGGGGAUCCUUUCAUUGUUGAACACAAUCCUCACAUACAUGACCCGGAUGAUGUUUUCCCUGGCCUUGUCAUCAAGAUUACUCCUUUCCUUUCCACAACAGGUAGACCGUAGUAGACUACUUCUUUCUUACCACUUUCAAUCCUGCUUUGCUCAUUUCCCUUCUUUAAUUUAUAUCUCGCUUCUAAGGAAUAUAUAUGCCGGGGGAAAUGUGUUGUAUUGAGAGGGCAUGUGAUUGUUAUAAUUAGUAACACUUCCUUGUUAAUGCAUUUUUUUAGUAUCCUUUUAAA